AUGAUAGCAAUGGGGUUUGAGGGCAGUGCAAACAAACUGGGAAUAGGUGUGAUGAGAGAUAAUGAAAUCCUAGCAAACGAACGGCUCACAUACAUCUCUCCUGCUGGCGAGGGAUUUAUUCCUUCAAAAACUGCAGAGCAUCAUCGCAUAAACAUAUUGGGACUUGUACGUGCUGCGCUGGAAAAAGCUGGGAUACAUCUUGAGGAGGUCGAUGUGUUUUGCUACACAAAAGGGCCUGGAAUGGGCCAGCCACUAGCUGUUGUUGCAACAGUUGCAAGGACAAUCAGCCUGUACUACAAGAAGCCGCUUAUUCCUGUGAAUCAUUGUAUAGGGCAUAUUGAAAUGGGAAGGUUUGUAACAGGUGCGAGCAAUCCGAUUAUUCUAUAUGUUAGUGGCGGGAACACACAGGUGAUAGCAUAUUCCAACAGGAAAUACAGAAUAUUUGGAGAAACACUCGACAUAGCAGUUGGGAACUGUAUAGACAGGCUUGCAAGGGAUUUGAAGCUUCCAAACUAUCCAGCCCCUGGCUUGAAUGUAGAAAAGUAUGCUAGGCUAGGAAGAAAGUAUAUUGAGCUUCCAUAUGUUGUCAAAGGAAUGGAUGUAUCGUUUUCUGGGUUGCUGUCGAAGGCAAGGGUAGAUGCGAUUAGUGAUGAACAGACAAAAUAUGACCUGUGCUAUUCUUUGCAGGAAACAGCAUUUGCUGCACUUGUAGAAGUUACUGAGCGUGCAAUGGCAUUUAAUGGCUCUAAAGAAGUUUUGGUUGUUGGGGGAGUUGGCUGCAAUUUGCGACUGCAAAAUAUGAUGGCAUCGAUGGCUAGAGAUCGCGGAGGCAUUGCAUAUGCCACAGACGAACGGUUUUGUAUAGACAACGGUCUUAUGAUCGCAUAUACAGGAAUGAUUAUGGCAAAAAGCGGACUGGCAUUCAGUAUUGACGAAUGCACAGUUACCCAAAGAUACAGAACAGAUUCUGUUGAUGUCGUGUGGAGAGACGACUAA